AUGGGUCGUGGACAGAGGGCACCGGGCAGAGGUGCUAGUCAUACUAAGGCGAGGCAGCCAGCUCUAGUUUAUGCUGUACAUCACCGAGAGGACAGAGACGUCCAAUAUGUUAUCACGGAAAACCCUACAAGUGAGGUUAUUGUAUUGAGUCCAUUAGGACAGUCAGUGAGAGUAAAUAAACUGUUUGGAAAUAUACCUUUGGAGGUUCAAAGAAUUAUCUUCUUGGCAGAUUUGAUGGAACUCUUUUUUGGAGAAUUCGACUUAAUACUGGGUAUGGACUGGCUGGUUAAACAUCAAGUGAACUUGUAUUGUGCUAUUAAAUGGAUGGUACUGAAAAUUGCGAAGGGUGAUGUGGAAAUUGUAAUUGGGGAAUGUCGAAAUUAUUUGUCAAAUGUGAUUUCUGCACUAAGGGCCGAGAAAUUAGUUCGUAAGGGUUGCGAGGCGUAUCUAGCUUACAUUGGUAUUUCAGACUCCAAGGGUUCUUCUUCUGUUACGGAUAUCAGAACAGUCAAAGACUUUCCAGAUGUUUUUCCUGAUGAGCUGCCUAGGUUACCUCCAAAUUGUGAAGUUGAGUUUAGGAUUGAGCUCCUACCUAGUACAGCUCCGCCAGAGUUUGGGAAAGAGUUCACUGUUUACAACGACGCAUCACAUGUUGGGUUAGUAUGUGUGUUGAUGCGAGAGGAUAAGAUGGUGGCAUAUGGGUCUCGCCAGCUUAAGACUCAUGAGGUUAAGGCUGAACAUCAGUUGUUUUCAAGGUUACUUCAGCCAGUUAAGAUUCCACUUUGGAAAUAG